GAAGCCAUCCUCAGAAAGCUUAACGCCUGCGUAGUUGCGUUGAAUGUACCAGGUGAAUCAGUCUGUCCGUGAUCGAUAUCGGAAAAAAUGUCGUGGUUCAGAUCGGCGAUGAACAAAGCGGCGGAGGUUGGGACUAAAAACAACCUCACACGCACCGUCAAAAACUACGCGGACACCGUCGUCCAGCACGCCGGCCAGGCCGUUGCCGAGGGCGCCAAAAUCUUCCAGGAUCGUAUUGCAAAUCGGAACUUCAAAAGCUUUAAACAGGCUGUUAAAAGAUUGGAAGAAGCAUCUGUUUCCUGUAGGGGACUAGAGCGAGUUCAGUUAAUGAAGAGAUGGUUAGCCGUGCUAAAAGAGAUUGAAAAAUCAUCUGAAGGUCCCAUUGAUGAAAAAGAGAAGAGUAAUGAGGAGCAUCAUCCAUCAGAGGAGCCAAAAGGAAGCCCAAGAAAACAAUCUCUAGUUUUAUAUUACGACUCCGAGGUGGGUGGAGAACCAAUGAAUUUUCGUGAUGUUUUCCUUUACAGUCAAGCUUUGGAGGGAAUAUCAAUAUGUAUGAUUCUUGAAGCACCAAAUGAAGAAGAAGUUUCUCUCCUGCUUGAAUUGUUUGGGCUCUGUCUUACUGGAGGAAAAGAAGUUCACAAUGCAAUAGUCAGCAGUAUACAGGAUCUUUCCAAAGCAUUUUCAGGUUAUGAAGAUGAAGUACUGGCAAAGAGAGAGGAACUUCUCCAGUUUGCUGAAGGAGCUAUCACAGGGUUGAAAGUCAAUGCUGAUCUUGGAAGAAUUGAUGCUGAGGUUUCCCUGCUGAAGAAGAGAUUAGGCGAGAUAAGAGAAAAAAAGGAAUGUGUUGGUGAAGUUCAUGAAAAAAAACCCAAAGAGUCUGCCCCCACCAUAGAGGCUUUGAAGGAAGCACUUGUACUUAUCCGAAUCUGCUCAAAAUUAGAAGCACUGCUACUGAAGAAGAAAGCUCUUAAAUAUGGGGAUUCCCCUGAAAUUCAUGCUCAAAAGGUUGACAAGUUGAAGGUUUUAUCUGAAUCUCUUGUCAGCUCGAGCUCUAAAGCUGAGAAGAAGAUUUCUGACCACAGAGUGCAGAAAGAGGAAACCUUAAGAUUUCGUGGUGCCAAGACCUCUGAAGCCGGUGAAAUAGAAAAGGAAAUAACUGCUGAGAUAUCAGCACUGGAGAAACAGAGAGAUGAACUUGAAGCCCAAUUGAAACAGGUGAAUAUCUCCUUGGCUGCAGCUAAUGCGCGCCUCCAUAAUGUUAGAGAAGAGAGGGACCAGUUCUAUGAUGCUAAUGACCAGAUUGUUGCACAUUUAAAUACUAAGGUAUUUGAGUACAUUUCACCUUCGUCUACAAGAAUCACUGAUGAAUUGGAAAGACAUGAAGAUUAUUUUUUGAAGUUGGUGAUUGAACUCCUUUCUGCUUAUGAGAGAGAAUUAAAGCCUAAUAUUGAUCGGAUAGGAAAGUAUGUGGAAAACUUGAGGAGUUUUGGCAAGGGCUCAGUGAUGGUGGAGCAUGAUGACUCAAACACAUUGAACCCCCGAAAAAAUCUCGAGGAGGAAUACCUUGAUUAUGAAGCUAAGAUUAUAACCACCUUCAGUGUGGUGGAUAACAUGAAGGAGCAGUUCUAUUCUCACCAAGAAAAAUUCUCCAGGAAAAGUGAUUCAGAAGUGAAGGAGCUUUUUGACAAGAUUGAAAAGUUGAGAGCAGAAUUUGAAUCAAUUGAGAGACCUAAUCUUGAAAUGGAGAAUCCAUGCCCAGAAUCUUCACCCAGUGAAAGGCCACAAGAAAGCCUGACAAAUCCUGCAACCAAAUUGGCUGAAAAGGAGCAAAGUGAACCACGGGAAACCAACGUUCAGAAGAAAGAACCACCAGCUGCCAAAUCGGAGGAGGUUCUAGAUGCCAAUGCAGAAUUGGCCGAAUUAGAGGCUGAAUUUGGACAUGUCAAUAGGGAUAAUAACUCUGGAGAAGAGGUUGGUGACUGGGAAUUUGAUGAACUGGAAAGAGAGUUGAGAAUGGAGGAUUCCACAACCCACAAAUAGAAAUUUCAAAGAACUUAGUUAUUAUACCAAAAAAAAAAACUCUCAUGAAUAAUCAGCAACUAUAUUAUACUUGGGAUAAAUUACAUUCUUAGGCCCGAGGUUUAAAGAAAAAGUUGGCCUGGGAAUUGCCUUCAUGUAUUCUGAAAUGCAGUACCGUUAUUAAUUUCCAUGUAAAUACUCAAAUUACAGGAAUUUCUUUUGGAUAUGAAAAACAUUUAACUGCCAAAUUUCCUGCUCAGCUAGACUCAUUGAUGCAGCAUUCAUUUCAUACAUGAUCUGAUGAAGAGAUUCAAGAUAGGUUGGGUGAUUCUUGAUAGGGACGAAAGGACGAUGUUCCUCUAAUGGAAGGAGGUGCAAACAACACAAACAGGGCAACAUAAUAUACCCUGGGCCUCCCAAUGCUUCAAAAGUUGAACUCAAGGCCCUCAGAAAGUGGUGUUAAGGUUAAGCUCUGGUACAAAACUUACUAUAAUGCCAAGUGAGAAAUCCGCCUGCCCUAAUUUUGGCGCUAUAACUUUUCGCUCUACCAGUCACACAGAGAGUAAUGGAUGGACUCGGGUGAAUUUUCACCCGAGCCAUUGCCAUCUCUAAAAGGUAGAGGGAGGAGAAUAAAAGUUAUUUUAUGGU